ACUUUCCUUGGCCGCCUGCGCUGUCCCAGGGUGUGGGAAGAGGUCAAAACGAAAGGGCCGGGAAGCACGGCCCCCGCGGGGAAUCCUAGCCCAGUUCUGGGCGUGGCAUCAUUCUCCCACCACCACCUAGUUCCCACCCCCUCGCUGCCUCGCGUUCACUUCCCCUCAGGGACGCAUCCGCCUUCCAAGUUCACAUCGCACCUUUUUGCGCAAGGGACUUCCUCCAGGCCAGGCCAUCCUGCUCUGUGCUGGGUGUCCCUGUGAGCGGCCAGCAGAAGCCGAGUGAAGCGCAUGCCAGUUUGGACUCUGGGAACUCACCGCUCUCGGGGUAACGGAACCUACCUCUGGGGGCGCCACAGUGCUUCUCGGAGUAUGGUAAAAACCUCUUCUCCCUUCCUAGACUCAACAACUGUGCACCAGCCAGCUUCCCGUCCUCUGAGAUGUCUGACUCCUCCUGGUCUUACAGGAGAGAGGGAAGAUGAGAAGGUUGGGAGACAGGUACAAAUCUCCUUAACAAGACUUCAGAGUUUGGCAAGAGUGGUCCUAAAUCCAACAACCGGUGUCCUUAUAAGAGGCAGAAGAGGAGAAGACGCAAACUAUAGAGAAGGCCAUGGCCAUGUGAAAACAGAGAUAAAAGAAGCCACAAGCCAAGGAAUGUCUAAAGCCAUCAGAAGCUGGAAGGGGCAAUUCUGCAGGAGAAUGCUGGUCACCGUGAUUCAGGGAACCCCCUCCAGCUGUGUCUCCUGUUGGCUACUCUGAAUGCCUGGCUCACAUGGGGUCUUUCCACUUCCUUCAGGCACAGGUGUCCCCUUCUCCUCCAAUCUGAAAGUUUGCUUUAUUUCACUUUUACAAAAGACCCACAUCAGCACCUUUUGCUAGUGGAAGGACUUUUGCUAGUGGAAGGAAAUCUGAAGCUGAUUUUCACCUUUAGGAACUGGUCAUUGUUGUUUUGCUUUAUGCCAUUUCCGUUUAGGAAAGGGAUUAUAGGAACAUUCUACUUUCAGAAAACAGGGAAUCUAUUCCCGUCUCCCACCUCCUUCCCUUUGCUUUGGUGUCCUGGUUCAGAAGGUGUCAGGAGGGUGGUUUGGGAUUGGGUCUCUCUCCCUCCUCUGCUGCCGCCUAGGUUCCUGCCCUGUCUGACCACAGCAUUCAGCGUGCUGGGUCCCCCACGUGUCAGGGAAGGGGGCAUGAGACAUUUACAGAGAGGGGUUAUUACCGCCUUUCAAGCGCUCAUAACCCAUGUGGAGGGAUAAUGAGUAAAACCUGACAGAAACCCACCUGCACCAUCCUGUGAAUUUCGCUGUCUUCCUGGUGACUAUUUUCUAUUCUCUAAGGGCUGAGGUGGGAAUUAAAGUUAUUAUUUCUUGUUGGUAGGGUGGGGAUAGAGGGACGGCUGGGCAGUGAAAACACAGCCUAACUUAUUUUUGGAAACCGCAGAGCAGAAGCUGUUGUUUUGGUAUUCUAGUUGCCCAGUAUCCCCAGAUUAGCCAACAAAGCAGGCGCCAUCUAACCAGGCGGAUUCUGGAAAGAGUAGCUCAUUGGGGAGUCACCGCAGCGUGGAGGAUCACCAGCAACAGCACCAAGACCCUAGGCAGGGGUAACGCCUGGGCUGUCCAGCCACCACCAGGUGGCACCAAAGCGCAGCCGAGACCUGGAGAUUCGCGUCCUGCCGCCUCAGAUAGGAGAAGUUGGGGAUGCGGAGAAUCAGAUGCUGCGUGGGUGUCUUGAGAAGGGCCACGGUCCUCUGCCCCCUCCCUUGCCCCCAGGGUCAGAGCUCCCCUGAAAGGAUAUCCCUCCCCUAGUUAGGGAUGUGAGGUCCCAAAGUGGAGAUUCUCUGGGAGGACAGGCAGGCCCCUGGAGAGGUGUCAAGAUGAUCAGGACCUGAAGACCUGAGGACCUGAGGACCUGAGUAUGGGAGGUUUCACAAACGUGGCUGGGAGGGG